CACAACCACACAUUACAUUUAUAAGUUAUCUGUUGCAAAAAAUUCAGCCUAAAAUAACACGCGAUGGGUUAUAUUUAUAGAAAAUAUAAUGGAAUACUGGCUAACAAGUUCUUAUCGCACUCUUCUUUCUUCACUUAGUAAAGCCAAUUCAAGACAACAAAAUAUGCUGUUGUUGAACGAGAUAAAUGAGACUUUCCCGGAUUUAAUGGUCGAAGCCUAUGACAUAAUAGCAGGAGAUCGAGUGACAAAGUAUCAGCUGAGUUUUGACUCUGAAUCAGACGAAGCGGAUAAAAACCCAAACAAACACAAUCCACACUUUUACGUCGUUUUUGACAGGCAAAAGUCCUACCUUGCAAUCAAUGGGUUUUGUAAUUGUAGCAGAUAUGUGGAUCAAGUUUUGAUUAAAGACAAUGAAUUUACGUGUGUUCAUGAAAUCGUUACCUUUAUUUUAAACUACUGUGAUCCGAAUUCGGACGAAUUUGUCAAUAAGGCUGUUCAAAAGACUGUUUAUCUCUCAGAUUCAGAGUAUUACAAAAAGUUGGCACAAAUGAGGAAAUUUUAA